AUACUCAUUGUCUCCUCUUAAUCUCUAACCACUCUCAACCACAGCAAUGGCUUCUUCUCUUUCUUCUUCAUCUGUUGUUGUUUCUAAACCAUCUACUGAAACUGAAGGUCUGAUUAGCAUUGCUCAAGAUGUUUCUCAGCUUAUUGGGAAGACACCUAUGGUUUACCUCAAUCAUAUUGUCGAGGGUUGUGUUGCAAGUGUUUCUGCCAAGCUUGAAAUGAUGGAACCCUGUUGCAGUGUCAAAGACAGGAUAGGUUACAGUAUGAUAGCUGAUGCUGAGGGAAAGGGACUUAUAACACCUGGAAAGGUAACAGUUAUCGCUUUUCAAGAAAAUCGACGGGGUAUCGGUCUUGCCUUUAUCGCUGCUGCAAGAGGAUACAAACUAAUCUUAACAAUGUCUUCAUCUAUGAGUAUGGAAAGACGAAUUGUUCUGAAGGCAUUUGGAGCAGACUUAGUUCUUACAGAUCCUGCCAAGGGUGUGAAGGGAGUUCUUGAAAAAGCAGAAGAGAUUUUAAAGAAGACACCCAAUUCGUACAUGCUUCAACAAUUUGAGAACCCUGCUAAUCCGAAGAUUCACUAUGAAACAACUGGGCCUGAGAUUUGGGAAGAUACAAGAGGCAAAGUAGAUAUAUUUGUUGCAGGAAUUGGUACUGGGGGAACUAUUUCUGGGGUUGGGCGGUACCUAAAGAAACAAAAUCCUAACGUAAAGGUUAUUGGUGUUGAGCCUUCAGAAAGCAACGUACUUUCAGGGGGAAAACCUGGUCCUCACCGAAUUCAAGGGAUUGGGACAGGCCUUGUACCUGGGAAUUUAGACCUGAGCAUAGUUGAUGAAGUCAUAGAGGUACCAAGUGAUGUAUCUAUUGAAACAGCGAAACAGUUGGCACUUCAAGAAGGCCUAAUGGUAGGAAUUUCAUCUGGUGCUGCUGCAGCAGCUGCCAUCAGAGUUGCAAAGAGACCUGCGAAUGCAGAGAAGCUUAUUGCGGUUUUGUUUCCGAGUUGUGGUGAGAGAUAUCUCUCUUCUGUUCUCUUCGAAUCAGUCAGAGAAGAAUGCCAAAACAUGCAACCCGAACCAUGAUAAACUCGGGUAUCUAAAUGAGUUUUUCUCAUCCGAUCCUUCUUUAUGCAUCUGCAGACUUUCCGGAAUGCGUUUUAAUGGAGUAAAUAAUGUUAAAAAUAAAUUAAAAUGAAAUGUGUAUUAUCCUAACAUUAUUUUUAAACCAAGUGUUAUCAAUCAAAGCCUUUAAAA